AUGCCUCCUACUUUUAUUGUAGUGUCCAUGAUUAUUUUAGGCGCAAGCACGAUAUUUGGGGUGUUCACCAACUUACUGAUUGUCAUUGUGAAUUUUGUUGACAAGGUCAGAGGCAGAAAGCUCAAUCCAGCAGAUCUCAUUAUGGUGACCCUCGGUGCAUUCAAUGUAUUUUUCCAGUUUAUUAUGCUGAUUAAUGAUUAUGUGAGUUUCUUGGAUCGUGACCUCUACAGCUCUGAACAGAUCUAUACUUUAUUUACCGUUCUGCUUAUUCUGCCUAUAUUUUCCAGUUUCUGGUUCACAGUUUGUCUGUCGGUCUACUACUACUUACAGAUCAUGAUUUUUUCUCACCGAUUUCUAAUCCAGCUUAAACUAGGAGUUUCUCAGCUAAUACCAAAACUACUCAUGGCUUCAGUUUUUGCUUCAGUGGCUACUGGCUUGCCAGCUGCCUGGUACCGACACAAUGGCCACCUUAGUUUAAACCUAACUAUUAAUCAGAGUUUUGAACUAACUGCGCCAAAAAUGAAUGCUGUGUAUAUGCUCCCCAGCACUAUCAUUAGCUGUUCUCUUCCACUGACUCUAAUUGGAAUUGCCAAUGGUAUCAUCAUUAAAUUGUUGCUUUCACACAGCCACAAGGAGGACAGGAAUGCAAAUGGAGACCUUAGUCUAAAAGCAGAAGCUCGUAUACGUGCAGCUAAGACCAUUGGUGGCCUUCUCAUUCUUUAUAUUUCAUUUUAUGUAUCUGAGGUUCUCCUCUUUGUAGAUGCUUUCAGUAGGAAUAGUCCUGGAUUCUGUGCCUGCUUGGUGGUAAUUUAUAUCUAUCCUCCAGCACAGUCUGUGGUUCUUAUAUUGGGAAGCCCUAGGCUGAAAGAAGUCUCUCUUGCUUUAGUACAAUGUUUAUUUUGUAAAGGGCAACAUAAAACAAUAGAGGUCUUAUUUGUCAACCUCUGA